AUGGCGACUCCACUGUACGACCGCGUGACGGUCGGUGCCGGCCUCUUUGGCAGUGCGGCUGCCUACGACGCCACGAAAGAAGGCAACCACGGCACCAAUCGCACCUUCCGCGUGGCCUUCCCCAACGACACGGACACAGAGCUGUAUCUGACGUCGCUGCAGCUGUGCUGUGCGAUCGAGAAGAGGUGUCUUCGCGUUCGGCCGGCUGGACGGCCUCGUCCUCCUUGA